CUAGUUCCCUCUAGGCUUUAUUCCUGCCUUCCCGAUGAAAACAAGAGGGAUCCUGACUCCCAGUGGUCACUACAGAUCCCAUGACACUCAUCCCAAGAGUAGUGGUGCUGACCCUUGUGUCCAGGCCAGAUGAACCCCAACCUGGCCCCUCAGCCAGCAUCACCACAUGAACAUAGCGUAACAUGUGUUUGUUUUGUGUGGUUCACGUCCCUAAAGACCACAGGGUACCAUUUAAUUAGGUCUGGCGGAACCUGCUGAACUCGACCUUCACUGAUGUUGCAAAACUAUUUUGACAACCGUGAUGUAAUAUUGACAGGAAAUAGUGUUAAUGGAAUGAGCACCCAAAAAUUGCAUUUUGUACGGUUCAAUCUAAUCUUAACACUUCAGCAAUGAAAAUAUAUUAUUUAUUGCAGUUGAGACAUCUGCAUUAGCAUGCGAGACGACCAGAGGUUUAAUAAACUAGACUAUAUGACUUUCCUCUGCACAGAGGAAAGAAUAACUACUUGACCAAAACACGUGACUCACCUGCCAUGCAUCCCAUAGGCUGCGGCUUCUGAACCUCACCUUUAUAAUGCACACUUCUUAGAACCAAACUUCCAGUCUAGCAUCAUCAUUUCAUGACUGUAAUCAGGCUUUAACACGUCAAGCGAGGUUCCCUUGCGUGAGGAUGUCGUUAGUGAACUUCUCAGGGCAGAACGUGGUGGAGUUCACCAUCACAGGCUUUGACCACCUACCCUACCACAAGCUGAUGGGCACUGUGAUCCUGCUGGCCUACUGCCUGGCCCUCCUCGGCUCGACCACCAACAUCUGCAUCAUCUCCGCAGACAGACGUCUGCACCGCCCCAUGUACCUGCUGAUCUGUAACCUGGCUCUGGUGGACAUCAUGUUCACCACCGGUGCCAGUACCACCAUGAUCUCUGUUCUGCUGGCCGGGGACAAAACCGUCUCCUACAACUCUUGCCUGUCCCGCGUCUUCAGCUACCACCUAGGAGGCAUCACACAGUGUCUGGCCCUCUCUCUGAUGGCACUGGACCGCACUGUGGCCAUCAGCGAGCCCUUACGCUAUGCCACCAUCCUGACCAACCAGCGAGUGUUCCUAUUGAUUGUGGUGUCCUGGCUUUUGGGUAUUGGCUGCAUUGGCAAGUUGGCUUACAUUGCAGAUCAGCUGCCGUACUGUCAGCCUGUGAUCAAAUACGUUUUCUGUGACUAUCCAGCGAUCAUCAGGGCAGCCUGUGUCGAUCCAGAACCGUACUGGUUCGUGCCCAGUUUAAUUGGUCUGUGGCUAAUCGCUGGGCAGUUGCCAUUAAUCUUACUUUCCUAUGGGAAACUUGUCUUUACUGUGCUGAGGCUCCCAAGCACGGAAAAGGGAGGGCGAACGUUCCGCACUGUCAUCAGCCAUUUCAUCCCUGUUGUUUGUUACUAUGCUCCGAAGCUGGUGUCAAUACUAUUAACCAGAGUGGGAGUUACGCUGAACUUAACAGAGAGAAACGCUUUGCUGAUCAUCUCUACGCUAGUGCCAUCCCUCAUUAACCCCUCCGUCUACUGUCUGCAGAACAAAGAGAUCAGAGGCGCUGUCUUACGCAUAUUUAGGAGAAAUCCGGUCUUACCAUCCAAGGGCUAAUGUGUGCAACCUCAGUAGUGCUUUACCAAAUAUUGCCUGAUGUUUGAAAAAGCUUGAAUGUCUGGUGUGUCUUUCUGCUUCUUCGUCUUCUACUUCUGUUCUUCAUUUGUAUAUAUGUAUGUAAAAGAUGAAGAAAGUGAUCGGACAAAACAGUGCAGUUUUUAUCUUUCUCAAACUGUUUACAGAGAUUAACCAUAUUUCACAAUCUAAAUAAUAAAAUCAA